AUGUCCCGUGGUGUUACUUCAUCACCCAGCGCCCUGGCAUCCAGUGUGACAUCAUCAUCCACUGUCCGCUUGUCCACUGGAGGAAGUGAGUGUGACUUCUGUUCUUGUUACAGAGACACGAUGGAGGAGUUAACCAUGGGAACAUCCAUAGAGACAGGGCUCACAACUGUGACCACCACAACCAUAAGCUUCAACCACAACCACUGCACGUCCUGCAACCACGACUACAACACAGCCAAUCACAGAGACCCCAACCACAACAACAACCGGCAGAACUACAACCACUACCACCACCACUGCUCCAGCCUCAGGCGGACUCACCUGUCACCACAAUCCCAAAGACGAAACCCAGAGGGACUACAACCAGCCUCCUCACCCCCCUUCCCCUUCAUCACCACCAUGGAGGCUCCACCCCACAACAGUGUAACGCUCACAGAGAAGAUCUGGGUUAAAACAAUUCUGACCAUCCAUGUGGAGACAGUGUUUGGCUCGCCCAAUGUGACGGUGGGCUACCACGUGAUUGGAGCAGACAUAGUGUACCCGCCCUCUGUGGUGGUCGAGGCGCUUCACUCCUACGGCUGGGAUAGGCUGAUGGGUGACGUGCGACAGUUUGUCCCCAUGGUCCAGGGAGAUGACCCGCGGUCCUGUCGGUUCUCGCAGAUGAUGGAACAGAGGCUGGAGAACGUGUUCUCUGAGGCCCAGGCCAAAGUCCUGGACGUCCACACCAGACUCUCUGUCCAGAUGCUGAGUGUGUCUCAGUCAGUGGGUUCUCCUGCUGUGUCUCUGGUCUACAUGGUGAGGAACGGGACCGCCCCUCUCAACGGCACCGCCGCCUCUAACCUCCUGGGUCAGCUGACCGCCGAGAUGGUCGGCUACUUCCUGUUCUACCCCCCGCUGGUCAUUGCUGAACCAUUGGAAUACCACAACCUCAAUACGUCCAUCGCUACCAGAGACUUCUGGGUAAUCACAGUCAUCCUGGAUGUGGAUAACUCAUCUCUUGAGAGCCAGUACCAGAGCUUUGCCAGUGUCAUGGAGCAGCGCCUGGCUGAUCUGUUUGUGGUUGCUCGCCAGCAGGGCACUCGCUUCAGGAGAGCCACCACCGUGGACAGCUACACUGUCCAGAUGGUGAGUAUCCGUCGAGUGAUGGGUCAGAAGAACCCAGCAGAGAUGACCUACUACGUUCAGUUGAACGGUCUUCCGUUACCAGGCACGUCAGCCGCCAAGGUCCUGAACACGCUGGACUCUCAGACCAUGGCCCUCACACUGGGCUACUUCGUUCAGCUGCAGGCUGAACCCGUGGUGAAGAAUCCUCCCAACAACCUGUGGAUCAUCGCCGCGGUGCUGGCCCCUAUCGCCGUGGUAACGCUCAUUAUCAUCAUCAUCACCGCAGUGCUCUGCCGGAAGAACAAGAGUGACUUCAAAGCCGACGCCAUGGGCAACCUCAACCCCCGUGUCAAGACGGCAUAUCGGAGGGAUGUUACAGGAUAUUACCACCAGCCUGUCCAGGGGUUCGACUAUGCCAAGCAGCACCUGAGCCGGGUACAGGGUGGGGAGGGGGAGACCCUCCCCGUGACCCAGGACACCCUGGUGCUGCCCCUGCCCAUCCGGGAAGCCCCCCUCUCCCUCUCCCUGGAGAAGGCCCUGCACCAGGAUGGCACCGCCAACAAGAAGACCCUCAACUCGGACAUACGCAAGAGCAGGUUGCCGAGCGAGGAUGGUUCCGUCAUCAGCAACGAAUCAGAGAAGCUCGACUCUGGCAGGGGCUCGGCGGCUCAGAAAGUCACAGCACAGCAGAAAUUGACAAAGGAGGAGAAGCGCAAGAGGAACGAUCCCUACGACACCUCGUUUGGCUCCCUGCAGCUCAUUUCCAUAAAGCCCAUGACGGCGCCGCCCACCUAUUCACACCCGCCUCCUCCUGACCGCAGCCAAGACUCAGCCAUCCUCAAUGGAAAUGGAGAGCUGAACCUAGCUCUGAAGCAGAAGUCAGACAUAGAGCACUACAGGAACAAGCUGAGGCUGAAGGCUAAGAGGAAAGGCUACUAUGACUUCCCCUCAGCAGACGGCAGCGGGAGUAGUAGCAGGGUGCUGGCACAGAGGCAGAGGCACGGGCACGAGAGGGCACCAGGAGAGCAUGGCACAUCACCGGAGCCUGAUGAAGACCGGGCAUCCACCUACGUCCAAGUCCCGCAGGAGGUGAGGCAGCGGACCUAUCGGAGCAGGCAGAGCCUGAACAGCCCGAGUCCCGGAGGAACAGAGAUGGACCUGCUGGUGAUGAGGGAGAGACCCAGGAGAGGCAUCGGGAACAGCGGCUACGACACUGAGCCGGAGCUGAUUGAGGAGACCAACGUGGAUCAUCUGAUUGGCCCGCGGGGUGGUUAUGUCUGCCCCAGAGGGGUCAAAGGUCACUCAGAGACCUCCACGUUGAGCUCCCAGCCGUCCAUCGAUGAGGCACGCCAGCAGAUGCACCUGCUCCGAGAGGCCUUCAGCUCCUGGCCCUCAGGGGGACACUCCUCCACAGCCGGACGCCACCACCACUCCCAUCAUCCCCACCCCCACCACGGUUACCAUCACGGCCACUACAGCCCCCGGACCUCCACCCCCUGCCCCUACUCUGAUGUGGUGACCAGUGCCCCAGGAACCAUGAGCCGUGGCCGGGAAGAGGGCUGCAGUGGGUGCCGGCAGUACGGGACGGAUAUGUAUCAGUGCAGCCUCCCCAAACCUGCCUUUAGGUUCACCCAGCUUCCUGACAUGGCUAUGGGCUCUCCUCCACCCCCUAUUCCCCCUCGCACCGGCCCCCCUCCUGGGACCUCUCUAAGACGCUCGUCUUCUGACCUGGGGUCCAAGGCCAGGACCUCGGAGUCGUCUGGGACCAACAUGACGGACAUGCAGACCCAGCAUAAUGACAGCAGCGUCCCCUAUGUCCCCCUCUCCAGAGCAGCACUCCCUUCAGUCCCCCUCUCCAGAGCAGCACUCCCUUCAGUCCCCCUCUCCAGAGCAGCACUCCCUUCAGUCCCCCUCUCCAGAGCAGCACUCCCUUCAGUCCCCCUCUCCAGAGCAGCACUCCCUUCAGUCACAGCAGAACAGCCUGUGUCCACCUACUCAGGAAACCCCAUCACAGCGGUGUACGCCAUCCCAGCCUCGCGGUCGGGCUACUCUGAGUACUUUGCCUCCACGCCCCCGUCCUCCUACCACAGCCCAUCCUGGAUGUCCUACCCCCCCGAGCCUGAGGACGUGCCUCCCCAGUGGGCAGACUCUGUGGCUCUCCCAGGCUACGUGGACGCCUUCCCUCAUCCCCGCUACCCUCAAGGCAGCUCCCCCAGACUCCCCCUACACUACGGCCAAGCCAUGGAGCCACCCCCCACCUCGACCACCGCAGCGUUCCAGCAGAGCCUGCCCGAUGUGGGGGAGCCCAGAGACAGAGUCCCUCUCAGCAGCCUCUCCACCUCCGCCCUGGUGCAGGCCAUCCGCCAGGAGGUGGCAAAGCUGGCCAAGAAGCAGACAGAUAUGUUUGAGUUCCAGGUGUAAUCUCUCACUCUAGUGGCCGGGAGGUGGAAUUGCAGCACUCUCUUUUCUGAACAUGCUGUAACACUAGAGACUGAACAAACUCUCUAUCUCAGCUUUUUUGAUAUUUGUAUAUUAAGACUUAUAAAAGCUUCUCUCUCUAUCUCUAUCUCUAUCUCUAUCUCUAUCUCUAUCUCUAUCUCUAUCUCUCUCUCUCUCU